AAGGAUAACAGAAAACCAGAGCCUUAAAACUGCCAACAAAACUCACUCAUCCAUCCAUGGCCUCCUCUGUUCCUCUUCCGCCGCCGCCACCACCGCCCACCACUUUUCCGCCACCCCUUUCCCUUUCACCGCCCCUUCCCAAACUCAAAACCCCCACAAUUCGUUCCCGCCUGAGUAAAAUAUGCCAGGAAGGCCAACCUCAUUUAGCCCGCCAACUGUUCGACACAAUUCCCCGCCCUACUACCGUCCUUUGGAACACCAUCAUUAUCGGUUUUAUUUGCAACAAAAUGCCACAAGAUGCCAUUUUGUUCUAUGCCCAGAUGAAAAAAUCCGCUCCUUAUACUUUGUGUGAUAACUAUACUUACUCUUCGGCUCUCAAGGCUUGUGCCGCGACACGCAAUUUGAGAGUCGGUAAAGCUGUUCAUUGCCAUCUUAUUAGGGGCUUAUUGAACCCCAGUAAGAUUGUGUAUAACUCUCUGUUGAAUAUGUACUCUACUUGUUUGAGUUCUGUGGCGGAUAGUGAAAUUGGUGGGUGUGGUUAUUCUGAUUUUGAUUAUUCGAAGUAUGAUUUAGUUUGUAAAGUGUUUGAUACGAUGAAAAGGAGAAAUGUUAUUGCUUGGAAUACAAUGGUUUCAUGGUACGUAAAGACAGAGAGAUAUGCAGAAGCGGUUAGGCAAUUUAGGAUGAUGAUGGUGAAGGGAAUUAGACCCAGUACUGUUAGUUUUGUUAAUGUUUUCCCGGCUUUGUCGAGUUUAGGGGACUAUAAGAAUGGUAACGUACUUAAUGGACUGCUUGUUAAAUUGGGAAGUGAAUAUGUAAAUGAUUUGUUUGUUGUGAGUUCGGCUAUUUUUAUGUAUGCUGAGCUUGGUUGUCUUGAUUUCGCUAGGAAGAUUUUUGACUGUUGUUUGGAGAGAAAUACUGAGGUUUGGAACACUAUGAUCGGUGGGUAUGCACAGAGUAGUUCUCCUGUCGAAGCUAUUGAGCUUUUCAUUGAAGCUAUGUUAUCAGAUGAAAUUGGUUUUGAUGAGGUGACUUUUUUAUCGGUCUUAACUGCAGUUUCACAGUUGCAGCGAUUGGCCUUAGCUCAACAGCUGCAUGCCUAUAUAAUUAAGAAUUUGGCAACAUUGCCAGUUAUUGUAUUGAAUGCCAUUAUUGUCAUGUAUUCAAGAUGCGGCUUUGUCCAUACAUCAUUUAAAGUUUUUGAUAAUAUGCCGGAACGGGAUGUUGUUUCUUGGAAUACAAUGAUUUCUGCUUUUGUUCAGAAUGGGUUGGAUGAUGAAGGAUUAAUGCUUGUGUAUGAGAUGCAGAAGCAACAAUUUAUGAUUGAUUCCGUUACUGUUACUGCUUUGCUUUCAGCAGCUUCAAAUCUGAGAAACCGUGAUAUUGGAAAGCAGACCCAUGCUUAUCUCUUAAGGCAUGGCAUUCAGUUUGAGGGAAUGGCAAGUUAUCUUAUAGUCAUGUAUGCAAAAUCUGGUUUGAUUAGAGCUUCUCAACAAAUUUUUGAGAGAAACAAUACUGGAGACAGAGAUCAAGCCACUUGGAAUGCUAUGAUUGCUGGGUAUACCCAAAAUGGAUUGGUUGAGGAAGCUUUCAUUACUUUUAGGCAGAUGCUUGUGCAGAACGUAACUCCCAACGUUGUGACUAUAGCAUCUGUGCUUCCAGCUUGUAAUCCAAUGGGAAGUAUAGAGUUAGGCAGGCAACUUCAUGGAUUUUCUAUCCGCCAUUUGUUGGACCCAAAUGUCUUUGUAGGCUCUGCUCUUGUUGAUAUGUAUUCUAAGUCAGGGUCAAUUUCUUAUGCUGAAAAUGUGUUUGCCCAAACCUCUGAAAAAAAUCCUGUCACAUAUACCACAAUGAUAUUGGGUUAUGGUCAACAUGGGAUGAGCGAAAGAGCUCUCUCUUUGUUUCAUAAAAUGCAAGAAUGUGACAUUGAACCUGAUGCUGUUGCUUUUGUUGCAGUGUUGUCUGCUUGUAGUUAUGCUGGCUUGGUUGAUGAAGGUCUUCAAAUAUUUGAGUUGAUGGAGAGUAAAUACAAGAUUCAGCCCUCAACUGAGCACUACUGUGUUGCGGAUAUAUUAGGUAGGGUUGGAGGGGUGGUUGAAGCUAUGAGUUUGUCCAAAAUUAGGUGAAGAGGGAAUGUGUUGGAAAUUUGGGGUUCACUUCUUGGUGCUUGCAAACUUCAUGGAAAAUCUGAAUUGGGAGAAGUUGUUGCCAAGAAGUUGCUGAUAGAUACAAGAAACAGAAUGACGGGCUAUCAUGUUUGCUCAAAUAUCUAUGCAGAAGAAGGAAACUGGGAAAAUGUUGACAAAGUAAGGAAAGAGAUGAGAAAAAGAGGGUUGAGAAAAGAAGUUGGAUUUUGGAUUGAUACUGGAGGUUAUGUGAACCGUUUUGCGUCUAAGGAUCAAGAGCAUCCGCAAAGUGAUGAGAUAUAUGAGAUGUUGGAAGGAUUAGCCAUGGAUAAAAAUGCUGGUUAUAGGGCCAGCCAAAGCUCCAAUCUAGAUGCCAUCUCCAGUUUAAUGAAUGAACCGGAAUAGUCGUAUAGACUUUGAAAA